AUGCCUCGGGGCCACCUAGCCCGGAUCCUUCCCGCAGGAGAUUCGGCCGCUGCGGCCUCGGAGCCCCAAGCCGGGGUCCACUCGCUCCCCAGUCCUAAGGCACCUGCAGGGGCCUCGGGGAAGCGCCGCUCACAAAGCGGGGGAGUGGGAUGCCCGCCUUCCCGCUCGGGGCCCCUCCUCGCCCCGCCGCCGGCCCUCCAGCUGAGCGCCGGGGCUCCCGGGGAGCGUCCUUCAGCGGGAGGCCGCCUCCCGCCGACUGCGGGCUCAGCGGGGCUGUCAGGCGCCUGUUUUUCGGAAGGCGCCAGAGCGCAGGAGGCGAGCCGUACAAGCCCGCCGGCUCUGGACGCCGGAUCCCACCAAGGAAUACUGACAGCUCGCUUCCCCUUCGCCUUCGGACAUGAUCCUGGGCGGAGGAAGGCGCCGCUUGCGCAGGAAGCCUGCCGGAGGGUCGCGGACGAACAAGCUGCCUCCCCGGGCCUCCCCGGGAUGCUGGGCCCGCAGGCGUCAGCCCUCCACCUGCCCCCGCACGGCCACGCGCCCCACCACGGCCACGAGGAGGCGGCCGCCGAGGCGCACCUGGAGGGCUCUCCGCCGCACCUGGGCCACCCGGGCCACGAGCCGCCCUCGGACGAGGACGCGCCCAGUUCGGACGACCUGGAGCAGUUCGCCAAGCAGUUCAAGCAGCGGCGGAUCAAGCUGGGCUUCACGCAGGCCGACGUGGGGCUGGCGCUGGGCACCCUCUACGGCAACGUCUUCUCGCAGACCACCAUCUGCCGCUUCGAGGCGCUGCAGCUGAGCUUCAAGAAUAUGUGCAAGCUGAAGCCCCUCCUCAACAAGUGGCUGGAGGAGACCGACUCCUCCACCGGCAGCCCGGCCAACCUGGACAAGAUCGCGGCGCAGGGCCGCAAGCGCAAGAAGCGCACCUCCAUCGAGGUGGGGGUCAAGGGCGCGCUGGAGAGCCACUUCCUCAAGUGCCCGAAGCCCUCGGCCCACGAGAUCACCUCCCUGGCGGACACGCUGCAGCUGGAGAAGGAGGUGGUGCGCGUCUGGUUCUGCAACCGGCGGCAGAAGGAGAAGCGGAUGACGCCCGAGGCAGAGGAAGGGAGCGGGGUGGGAGGAGGCGUCGGGAAAUGCAGGUUCGGGCCCCAGGUGCAGGCGGAGCGGGAGGUCCGGUCCGGUUCGCUGCUCUCCCUCCGGCUUCCCCACACAAACACACCGUCGUGCUGCGUUUUUGGCCUCCUCGGGCGGGGCAGAAAGCCUUUCCCGGCGCAAGCCAGGCUCCCGCUCUCGGAGCUCCGAAGCUGGUCCCUUCAGCCCGCAGUCAGCGGUGGUGGCCCAGAGGGAUCGGACUACGUGCAACCGGGAGCCGGAGCCUCCUUCUCCCGGUUGGCACCCGCACGCACCCCCUACCCUCCCCGGGCGCCCAUCUUUCCCUCCACCCAGAAACAAGUUGCCGCUUCUUGA